AUGUCAAGCUCUACGCCCCACCCUAAAAGGGCAGCCGAAUCUUUUGCCCGCACACAUCAUGCCGAAGACGACUCCCAAGGACCCGACAACAAGAAACCUCGAUUCGAUCUUCGCAACCCCUCCGCACUUGCAGCUGAUGCCCCCGAAGAAGAUGCGAUUCUAGACGCCGAUGAAAUUGGUCGGCGUGGCCAACAAGUACGCCGUAAAGCGAUCAACCUCGACGGCUAUGAUUCCGACAGUGACAAUGAGGGGUUCUCGGCGCGCAAGGAAGAGAAGUCAAAAAAGAGCAGUGCGAAAGAUGACGACGAUGACGAUAUGUUCGCCGAACUAGAAGACGACUUUGGGGACGAGGAAAAAGACGGAGAUGAAGCUUCGCGCAAGAACAAAAAGUCUGUUCGUUUCUUGCGCGACAAUGAGAUUGAAGGCCAGGAGUCUGCUUCAAAAGGUGGAAAAGCAAUGCGUGCCGACCUAAGCAAAGCAGAUGAUAUGGACGACGAAGAUGGCGAAGAUAGUGAGAGUGAUGUUGGAGAAGAGGAACGCGCAAAGAUCGACAACGAGUUGGACGAGGAGAUUGGUGCUGGCGGAAAGAAGAAGCAUGCCCCAUUGCUUGAUGCCUUCAACAUGAGCACAGAACAGGAGGAAGGCCAAUUCGACGAAUCCGGUAAUUACGUUCGCAAAGCCGUCGAUCCGGAUGCUGUUUACGAUUCAUGGCUGGACGGGGUCUCCAAAAAGGAUAUCCAAAAGGCAAAAGACGCUGCAGAGAAACGCGAGGAAGAGCGGAAAGAGCAGGACCGGGUGAAUGACAGUGUGUUGACGUCUGACGUCUUGAAAACCAUUAUUAUACAUCUUGAGCGCGGAGAAACAAUAUUGGAAGCUCUAGCUCGGUUGGGCAAGGGUCUAAAGCGCAAGCCCAAAUGGCAAAACAAGAAGAAGAACAAGAAGAACAGCAUUACCGAAGACACUGAAAUGACCGACGAGAACCCGGACGAGGCCAACCGGAAAAAGGCAAUCGACGCCAUCACCGGUGCCGCGGAUAUCCUCAUGGGUCGCGAUCAGCCCGAGAUCUAUGACACCGAGCGCGAGCUUCUGACCCGGCAAUAUCGUAAUGAGACUGGCGAGCCUUGGGUAGAUCCGCCUUCAGAGCCUGUGGUAGCGCAGGCCGAUGGUCCUACAAUGUGGGAGUACCGCUGGUCGGAUGCUCGAGACGGAGGCGAUGCUCAUGGGCCCUACGAUAGCAGCAUGAUGGCUUCAUGGAACAGUGCGGGUUACUUUGGUGAAGGAGUCGAAUUUCGCCAGGUUGGAAAUACAGGGCCAUGGAGUGCGACAGUUAGUUUUGUGUAA